GCCCGUCGCAGGUGAGCGGAGGCAGCCGUGAUGGACACCAAGGGCUUGGACGGCUCACAGGCUGACCUGAAGCUGGUGGCACACCCGCGCGCAAAAAGCAAGGUGUGGAAGUACUUCGGCUUCGACACGGACGCGGAGGGAUGCAUUCUGCAGUGGAAGAAGAUCUAUUGCCGCAUCUGCAUGGCCCAGAUCGCCUACUCCGGCAACACCUCCAACCUGUCCUACCACCUGGAGAAGAAUCACCCGGAAGAAUUCUGCGAGUUUGUCAAGAGCAACACAGAGCAGAUGCGCGAGGCGUUCGCCACCGCCUUCUCCAAGCUGAAGCCCGAGUCUUCGCAGCAGGUGGCCCAGGACACUCUGGCCACCAAGUCGGGCCAUGGCUCCGACACCAAGAGGCAGCAGGAGCUGACGGCCGCCGUCAUGGGUUUCAUCUGCGAGGGGCUGUACCCCACGUCCGUGGUGGACGAGCCCACCUUCCGGCUCCUGCUGAAGACGGCCGAGCCCCGGUACGAGCUGCCUAGUAGGAAGUUCUUCUGCACCAAGGCCAUCCCAGAGAAGUACAGCGCCGUGCGCGAGGUGAUCCUCAGGGAGCUCCGUGACGCUCUGUGGUGCGGCAUCUCCACGGACAUGUGGCGCAGCGGUAACCAGAACCGUGCGUACGUGACGCUGGCUGCCCACUUCCUCACCAACGCACUCCCCAACUCACUCUCCCUCACGUCCCGGUGUCUGAAGACGUUUGAGGUGCCGGAGGAGAACGCGGCGGAGACCAUCACGCGCGUGCUCUACGAAGUGUUCAUUGAGUGGGGCAUCAGCGCCAAGGUCUUCGGGGCCACCACCGACUACAGCAAGGACAUCGCCAAGGCCUGCUCGCUGCUGGACAUCCCCGUCCAGAUGCCGUGUCUCGGACAGACCUUCAACGCCGGCAUCCAGCAGGCGUUCCAGCUGCCCAAGCUGGGCGGCCUGCUGGCGCGGUGCCGCAAGCUGGUAGAGUACUUCCAGCAGUCGGCGGUCGCCAUGUACAUGCUUUACGAGAAGCAGAAGCAGCAGAACAUGGCGCACUGCAUGCUGGUGAGCAACCGCGUGUCCUGGUGGGGCAGCACGCUGGCCAUGCUGCAGCGUCUGAAGGAACAGCAGUUUGUCAUUGCCGCUGUCCUGGUGGAAGACAGCAACAAUCACCAUCUGAUGCUGGAAGGCACCGAGUGGUCCACCAUCGAAGGGUUGGUAGACCUCCUCCAGCCUUUCAAGCAGGUGGCUGAGAUGCUCUCGGCCUCCAAGUACCCCACGAUCAGCAUGGUCAAACCGCUGUUACACAUGCUGCUGAACACCACGCUCAACAUCAAGGAGACAGACUCUAAGGAGAUCAGCAUGGCUAAGGAGGUCAUUGCCAAGGAGCUCUCGAAGACGUACCAGGAGACCCCCGAGAUCGAUAUGUUCCUCAACGUGGCCACCUUCCUGGACCCGCGCUACAAGAAGCUGCCCUUUCUCUCCACCUUCGAGCGUCAGCAGGUGGAGAACAGAGUGGUAGAAGAGGCCAAGGGACUCUUGGACAAGGUCAAGGACAGCGGCUACCGGCCGGCGGAGGACAAGGUGUACGCGCUGCCCGAGGAGCCCCCGGUGAAGAAGCUCACGCUGGUGUCCACGCCACCACCGCCCACCAGCGUCAUCAACAACAUGCUGGCCGAGAUCUUCUGCCAGUCGGGGGGCGCUGAGGACCAGGAGGAAUGGCACGCCCAGGUGGUGGAGGAGCUGAGCAACUUCAAAUCCCAGAAGGUGCUGGGGCUCGGUGAGGACCCCCUCAAGUGGUGGUCCGACCGCCUGGCGCUGUUCCCCGUGCUGCCCAGAGUCCUCCAGAAGUACUGGUGCGUGGUGGCUACGCGCGUCUUCCCCGAGCGGCUCUUCGGCUCCUCGGCCAACGUGGUGAGCGCCAAGCGGAACCGCCUGGCCCCCGCGCACGUGGAUGAGCAGAUCUUCCUGUACGAGAACGCCCGCAGUGGGACGGAGGCCGAGCCGGAGGACGAGGAUGAGGGGGAGUGGGGCCUGGACCAGGAGCACGUAUUCCCCUUGGGGGACGCCCUCGGUGUCAGCAGUGGCUUCUUCGGGAUCCGAGACGGCGGGUUCAUGUAGCGGGAGCGGGGGCAGGUGCAGGUAGCCGGGAAAAGGGGGCUUCCACCGACCUGUGGGACGCUUCGCUGUAAAUACGGACACCACGUAGGGUCGUCCUGGCUGGAUUUUUUUAACUUCGAUCCACAAGCUUUGGAACAAACAGGAAGGAGAGGGGGAGAGACAGCUCUGGGUGUCUUGAAAAUUGAACGUUUUGCCUGGGAGUUGGCCAGCCUUGCCUUCUCCCCUCAUCCUGGAGAAAAAGGGAAAUGAAAUGUGGAAGACUCUACACUUCUGCGUGCAGACAUUCCCUAGCCUUCGCCUACGUGGCAUAAACACACUUUAUGUGCUCCACUACUGUCUGGGAAGUUGGCGGUUUGAACCCACCUGGAGGUGCUGUGGAAGAAAGGCCUGGCAAUCUGCUUCCCAAAGGUCACAGCCUUGAACACUGCAGAGCACAGUUCUACUCUGACGCACCCGGGGUCACCACGAGUUGGAGUCGACUCGACAGCAGCCAGUAGCAACAUACUUUGUAGGAUUAGAGCGAGGGGAAGCUGCUUCAGGAGUCACAAUUGAAUAGAAUUAGGACACCCCAGGUGGCACAAGCAGUUAAGCACUCGACUACUAGCUGGAAGGUUGGCGGUUCGAAC